GCGGCGCGUGGAUGGAUCCGCGCGUGGCCUGGAUCCAGCCCGAGCAGAAGGGGCCGGCCAAUGCCCUGUGGAUGCAGAUCUGGGAGACCUCGCAGGGCGUGGGCCGCGGCGGCUCGGGCUUCGCGUCCUACUUCUGCCUCAACUCGCCGGCUCUGGACACGGCGGCCGCGGCGGGGGCGGCCGGGCUGGGCGGCGGCGGCCUGGCAGGGCCCGCGCUGCCCGCCGCGUCGCCUCCGCCGCCCGCACCAGGCCCGGCCGCCUUGCCCCCCGCGCUGCUGACAGCGCUCGGGCCUGCGGCCGAGGGUGCCCGGCGCCUGCACAAGUCGCCGUCGCUGUCGUCGUCGUCGUCGUCCUCGUCCAACGCCGAGUCGGGUACCGAGAGCCCCGGCUGCUCGUCGUCGUCCUCGAGCAGCGCCUCUCUCGGCCGGGCGGGCGGCGGCCGCGGCGGCGCCUUCUUCCACUUCACCGACGGCCCGCCCAGCGCCCCCGGCACGGCCAACGGGCACCCCGGGCCGCGCGGCCCCGCGCCCGCCGGCUCCCCGCCGCAGCACCAGUUCCACCCGGGGCGCCGGAAACGAGAGAACAAGGCCAGCACCUACGGCCUCAACUACCUGCUGUCAGGCAGCCGCGCGGCCGCGCUGAGCGGAGGGGGCGGCCCCGGGCCCCAGGCGCCGCGGCCCGGCACGCCGUGGAAGAGUCGCGCGUACAGCCCGGGCAUCCAGGGACUUCAUGAGGAAAUAAUUGAUUUUUAUAACUUCAUGUCCCCUUGUCCUGAAGAAGCGGCCAUGAGAAGAGAGGUAGUGAAACGGAUCGAGACGGUGGUGAAAGACCUCUGGCCAGCGGCUGAUGUCCAGAUAUUUGGCAGCUUUAGUACUGGUCUCUAUCUUCCAACUAGUGACAUUGACCUAGUGGUCUUUGGAAAAUGGGAGCGCCCUCCUCUCCAGCUUCUGGAGCAGGCCCUGCGGAAGCACAACGUGGCUGAACCGGGCUCCAUCAAGGUCCUGGACAAAGCUACGGUUCCGAUAAUAAAGCUCACAGACCAAGAGACGGAGGUUAAAGUUGACAUCAGUUUCAACAUGGAGACGGGGGUCCGAGCAGCCGAGUUCAUCAAGAAUUACAUGAAGAAAUAUUCAUUGCUGCCUUACUUGAUUUUAGUAUUGAAACAGUUCCUCCUGCAGAGGGACCUGAAUGAAGUUUUUACUGGUGGAAUUAGCUCGUACAGCCUAAUUUUAAUGGCCAUUAGCUUUCUACAGUUGCAUCCAAGAAUUGAUGCCCGGAGAGCUGAUGAAAACCUUGGGAUGCUUCUUGUAGAAUUUUUUGAACUCUAUGGAAGAAAUUUUAAUUACUUGAAAACCGGUAUUAGAAUAAAAGAAGGAGGUGCCUAUAUUGCCAAAGAAGAGAUCAUGAAAGCCAUGACCAGCGGGUACAGACCAUCAAUGCUGUGCAUUGAGGACCCCCUGCUGCCUGGAAAUGACGUUGGCCGGAGCUCCUAUGGGGCCAUGCAGGUGAAACAGGUCUUCGACUACGCCUACAUCGUCCUCAGCCACGCCGUGUCGCCACUUGCGAGGUCCUACCCCAACAGAGAUUCGGAAAGUACUUUAGGAAGAAUCGUCAAAGUAACUCAGGAAGUGAUUGACUACCGGAGGUGGAUCAAGGAGAAGUGGGGCAGCAGGGUCCACGCGGCACCGGACCUCGACAAUAGAAUUAAGAUAAAAGAGCGAAUUAGCACGCGUGACGAGGAGCAGCCCCCGCUUCGAGACCCAGAGCCUCCCUACAGCCAGCGCCUGACCUUGUCCCUGCCCAGCCCCCAGCUUCUGUCCUCAGGCUCGUCUGCCUCUUCCGUGUCUUCGCUUUCUGGCAGUGACAUUGAUUCCGACACACCGCCCUGCACGGCGCCCGGCGUUUACCAGUUCAGUCUGCAAGCACCAACCCCUCUCCUGGCCAGCCUGCCCGCCGCCUUGCCCAUGCCGAGUGGCAAAGCUCAGUCCACUACGAGGACGUUGGUCGUGACAAGUAACACUCAGACCAGGCUCGCUAUCCCUCCGCCGGCCCUGGGGGUGGCCCCUGGCCCUUGCAGACAAGCUGGUGUGGAAGGCGCUCCGGCACUGAAGGCCGUGCACCACGUGUCUUCCCCGGCCGUCCCGUCCGCGUCGCCUCACCCGCUCGCCAGCCCCCACCUGUAUCAUAAGCAGCACAGUGGCAUGAAGCUGUCCAUGAAGGGCUCUCACAGCCACAGCCAAGGCGGCAGCUACAGCUCUGUGAGCAGUGGAGGCGUGCGGCCCCCCGUGGGGAACCGGGGGCACCACCAGUAUAACCGCACCGGCUGGAGGAGGAAAAAACACACGCACACGCGGGACAGCCUGCCUGUCAGUCUCAGCAGAUAAUAGCUGCUGGCGGCGCCUCCAGCCCCAACCCACCCUCGCACAGAGCCGCCGGGCGCCCGGCCGGGAGCUGAGACCUGCACCCAGCACACCAGUCGGGCCUGUGGCCGCCCGCCGCUGAUCACUCUGCAUGUCCCUUGUGUGGUGGUCACGUCCAUCUUAAAGAACAGCUCCUUGUGCUCAUCUGUGAAGCCUUAGUCAACGUGGAUGCUAUUUUCUGCCUUGCCAGGAUCUUUCCAGAAGCAGGUCUCUGGACCUGGAGCUGCAGGGAGUGAGGUCGGCCUUGGCAUUUGUUUCUCAGUGGCCGUGUCUGUUCCUUUGCGGUUGGGUGUUUUCAUUUUCCGUUUGUCAGCCACAGAGAUCAAGCUCGUCCUCGGUUCUUCCUCAGUGGGUAGGACGGGAGGUCGCCAUUGUUUUACUGCCCUCACACUUUGUUCCAAAUUUCAGAACUGUUUUUUAUGUAAAUAUUGAAAAUUUAUGAUUUGUGCAAUAACUUAGAUAUUUUUUAUUUAAUUUCAUAUUUUCACAUAAGUUAUAUUUAAGGGAGGAGGGAUUUUUUUUAAAUAAGCUU